CCAAUUAGGGGUAGACAAAGGACCAGGAUGACUCCGUGCUUCAAGGUUUCAGAAACGGUAGUCAAGUCACGUGACAAAAGAAACUCUUAUCGCGUGAGCAGAGCUGACUCUGUCGGAACGACUUAACAUGUUUUGGCAGUUUUUAUCCAGACGGUCUAGAUCUGGACCACGCGUAGUACCCUGGUUAUGUUUUUGUUUCACGCGCCGCCAGAAAAAGUAGAAUCUAGGAUUCAAAACAGUACAAUUUGUACGGACAUACGCACUAGUGUCUGAAGUCUUAAUCACUUUCUCCAAUCCAAAACCACGCGCUUGGUAGAACAAAGUCUUCCCCUCGCAGCGCCAUUUUUUUUGUACUCUUUGAACCACUCCUCAGUCCUCACUUCCCAGUUUGGCAGUUUCCUACUCUUUCCUUUCUCUCUUUGAAAAUAAAAUAAAAUCUGCAGAUGAAGUGGGUCCCACCCAUAAUGGGCGGUGCCGUCGCCUCAAGCGGCGAGGGGAAGGCGGUGGUGUUUAAGUCGAAGCUGAAAUUGGUUGGUCUGGUUGGCCUUGUCCUGUCCACUUUUUCUCUCUUCACACACUUUCUUCUUGCCAGAUAUACUGCUGGGACUGCUCUUUCUGAGUACCAAUCUUCCAUCACCAUUUUUUCUUGGAGGCCUAUUUUUGACACUGCGGAUCUUUCCACCACUAGUGCAUUACAGAGAAGACUUUGGGGGCCGAUAAGGCCUCUUGAAUCAUUACACCCUUAUGCCAAUCCCCGGGGAAACUAUCCAGCUCCAGUUUUGCAAACAAAUGGAUUCAUCUUUGUAAAGAUAAGAGGGGGUUUUCACGAGAUCAGGAACUCGAUUUGUGAUAUUGUUGUGGUAUCUCGACUGCUCAAUGCUACAUUAGUCAUUCCUGAGAUUCAAUCCACGACAAGCAGCAAGGGAAUUAGUACAGAGUUUAAGAGUUUUGCCUACCUCUAUAAUGAGGAACAAUUCAUAUCUGCUUUAGCCGAAGAUGUCAAAAUUGUCAAAACACUUCCCAAGAAUCUCAAAGGAUCAAGGAGAAAGAAAGAAGUGCCUUCUUUUAAAGUGACGAGCAAAUCAUCUACACAUUUCUAUCUGCAUUAUGUUCUACCAGUAUUGACUAGGCACUCUGUGGUUGAGAUUGUUGUAGCUGAUGGUGGAUGCUUGCAGCCUAUACUUCCACAAAAUCUUGAAGAGCAUCAAAGACUCAGAUGUAGGGUUGCAUUUCAUGCCCUAAGGUUGAGAGAUGAGGUCCAGGAACUUGCCACAAAAAUUCUGUACAGGUUACGAGCUUCUGGCCGGCCAUUUAUAGCCUAUGACCCAGGAAUGACAAGAGAUACUUUAGCAUAUUAUGGUUGUGCCGAACUCUUUCAUGAUGUACAUACCGAACUCAUCCAACAUAAGCGAGCAUGGAUGAUAAAACGUGGGAUUGUCAAGGGGAACCUUUCUGUGGAUUCGACCGAACAACGUCUUAAUGGGUUAUGUCCACUGAUGCCAGAGGAGGUUGGUAUAAUUCUUCGAGCAUAUGGCUACUCGUGGGACACAAUUAUUUACAUAUCUGGUGGUGAGGUCUUUGGUGGACAGAAGAAAUUGAUUCCACUUCACGCUAUGUUUGAGAAUGUUGUAGAUAGAACUUUGUUAAGUAUGCCAUGGGAAUUGAAUCAAAUGUAUGGCCGUGAAGCUAAUCUUGUCAACAAAUCUCCAAAAACGCCCCCUCCAGCUAAAGGAGAAACGAAAGUUGAAGCAUGGAAAACUUCCGGACCACGUCCUCGUCCACUUCCACCACCCCCUGCACGGCCAAAAACGUAUAAUAUUGAAGGUUGGUGGGGAUGGGUAGCCGAGAGUGAUAAUGAACCGGAAAGUACAGUCAUGGAGUUGAGAACCAAUGCUCAUAAAUUGCUAUGGGAAGCAAUUGACUACACAAUCUGUGUGGAAGCGGACGUGUUUAUUCCAGGAUUUGAUCGUGAUGGUAAAGGGAACCCAAAUUUUGCUAGCCUGGUAAUGGGACACAGACUCUAUCAAUCUGCUGCCUCUAAAACAUACCGCUUUGACAGGAAAGAUAUUGUCAAGCUUUUAGAAGAGAUUCAUGAUCAAUUUUACCAAGCCAAUCAUACAUGGAUAACAUCGGUACGCAGACAUCUAAGAAGAAACUUAGUCGAUGGAUUGACCAAGGAAAACACAAGAUCAAAACCACUAUCUUUUCUCUCUUUCCCGGUUCCUGAGUGCUCUUGCUCGAAGAUUGACUUGACCAAAGUAUCAUCACGUGCUUUGAGCCCUUCAUCAAACUCACGGUUUCCUGCUGCACUUGGAGCUAUCCACCAGUGUCCAUCUUGGAUGAAUGGUGAUAUGGUUUCUGGAACAAGGGGUGAGGAAAGUGAAGAGGAUCUUGAUGAAGACGAUUCCUCGUCUACUGGACUUCUCUUCCAGCAAAGUAGUGAAAAUAAUGAAGGAGGGGUCGACACUCAAAUUGAGGAUCAAGAGGAACUUGACGGUGGUGAAAGAUGACAGGAGGGUACGUCGGAUUUCAUUAUCUGAUUCUUUUAACCAUCCAUAAACCUUAUCAUACAUCUAUUAUGACGGUUCCGACUGGUUCAAAGCAAGAUUGGCACUAUUCUUAAAUCGAGUGUUGUCCGUCUGAUGCAAGAUUGGUUUGGUGCAAUCCAAUCUAUGGAUGGGACGGUUUGAUGGGCGCCAAAAUGUGACCGUUCCUUUUUAACUUCUUCAGAUAGGUUUCUCUAUAACCAUAACCCUUCAGUCUGUUUUUUGUGUAAUUCAAUCUGUUUCUUCGAGGCACGGAAAAUUGUGGCUGGAAUUGUCUCUCCACCAUUUUUGCCAUAAAACUGUUGUGAUCCAAACGAGCAAGUGCUGCUUUAUUCUGGUCAUGUAAUGGGAACUCUGUAAAUUUGGUCGAAUUGUAGAACAUAGGACAUAAUUCUGUACAGAUAUUUGUGGUUAAAUUUAUCUGAGAGAAACCUAAUCAGCUA